ACUUCUAUGCUGAUCGACGCACCCACUACCAUUACAAAUUCGUCGUCCCUGCGUGUCCUGCCACUCUUCCUCCCCAACCGCUCGAACUCCGCCAACCCGAUUACUCGGCCUUUGAACUCUCCUCCCGCUAGUUCAUCCACACUGACGGCCGGAUGCGAGGCUGCUGCCUUUACCCUUGCCAUGGCAACAGCUAUCGCAGGUAUCGACACUGGCGUCUCUGCUGGAGCUGGUUCGUCGAUAGUAGUGACUACGCCUGUCAGUCAGGAUGUGCUGUUUAGUCCGGCCCAGCCGUCAGUCGGUCUGCUUGCCUCGUCUGUCGCCAGUCUGUCGGCAGCCAGUGACAGCUUUGGUUUCGACAACAGAAGCCCAUCUUAUCACACGCAGUCGUCGGACAGUCUGAGUUAUGGCGAAGGCAGUUGCGGCAGCCAGUACCCUGACGCCACUGGUGCUGAGUUAGGCAAAUUUCGAGUCGGCACUUGCUGUAGCUCAGAAACUCUGAGUGACCAGACCAGAGAGACUUCAAAAAAGAUUCUCAGCACUGCGUCAUCUAUCAUUACUGUCAUGUCUUCUUCCGGCAUCACACCGUCGGUCGGCAUCGUCAAUGAGAUGUGCACCCUAAGCGCCGAACUGUCAUUUGUCAAAGCAAACAUUAUAACAAUGGAAGUACGGACAGCUCUUUCUGCGGCCACCAGCCCAAAAGGCAUCGCCUUUACGAAACAUCGCACCAGGGAUGCCUUACGGGACACUCGGGGUACCUCGAACAGCCCAUCACCUUUGGGGAAUGAUCCACUUUUCGGUACAAUUUCAUCAGGAAUUAAAAAUGAAAGCCUUAUAUCUCCCCUAGAUACCACAGAAAGUGGUACCGAUGACAUCUCAAAGAAGCAUGAAGUGUCUCCGGCCGUCCGUUCCCCAUCUUGUCAAUAUCUUAAUUCAUCUAGAAGGUCAAUCCCAGUCACCUACUGGCAGCAAAAUCCGAGUCAUUCCAAUCAACGACAGGGGCAGCAACACCAUUGGGCCACAUUACCAGGAGCUACAGCAGGAUCAGAUUUCCCCUUCUUAACUGAGAUGACUAACUCUUCCCAGUUGCUCAUAUCUCACGGCUCCGUAGGGCCAACUGGUCGUGGAUUAAAGGGACAUCGUCGAAACAUUUCAUCGGACGCUACGAUGAUCAGCAUGAACUGGCCAACUCCGUCAAAACACAAAGAUGUACUAAUACUUCUACCAGAUUUGGAGGAUCAUUUAAAGACAUGUUGGGACAGUCCCAACAACCUACAGGAUGACCUCUGCUCUUUAGGUAAGCAUCAGAAUAUGGAGUCCAGGCAAGCAUUCCAAGCCGUUCCAUUUGGGAACAUUUCAAGUCCAGCCCCAACCGAGCAGAGCAAAAGCUUGCCUCUUUCUCAAUUGGAGACCUUCGGUUCUGCAUUGUUAGCUUCGCCAGCCUCUCUUGCUCGACGAUACCGUGAUGAGGAAGCUCUUGAUCUGCGAGUUCUUGUUCAGCUGGAGACAGGUGCAACCGCCAAAGCUGCCUGCUUGCUGGAUCAGUCUGGCGAUGAGGAGAAGAGAAACGAAGGAAAAGUACAGGACAAAAUGGAAGCUCGGAGUAAGGAGACUAGCGAGGGGCAGAAGGAAGGAGACAUCUGUUUUCAUCUCAGAUGUUUCAAUGGUGUUGCCGUCCUAAGAUGUAGAGGUUCUGACCAUUUCCCCGGGGUCUCCUUGAGAUCACUUAUCCACUGCACGUUGGCAUCAUCAUUGGUUGCCGAAGUAAUCUUCUAA